CACCACCAACCAUUUUCCCAUGCAGAAAGAGUGAACUCUCUCCACAACCUCUUUUGGCAGUCAAGAAAUGUCAUCUCCUGGUAAGCCGCUCAAGCGGUCACGAGCCGAGGAGGACGAGCACGAUGCCCUCGUCGCAGCCGCCGUCGCCGAGAACCUUGCAGCAGACUCUGCAGCGGAACCAAAGACAAAGAAAGCCCGCACCGAGGCCAAUCGCUCUCUCUUCGUUCGCUCCCUUCCUGCGACCGCCACCAGCGAAUCCUUGACCGACUUCUUCUCCGAGCAUUUCCCAGUCAAGCAUGCGACUGUCGUUCUCGACAAGGCCACCAAGGCUUCCCGCGGCUAUGGCUUCGUCACCCUGACGGACGCCGAAGAUGCUAUGGAAGCCAAGAAGAAGCUCAACAACAUGAUUUGGGAGGGUCGCCGCAUCAGAGUCGAUGUUGCCGAAGCCAGACACCGCGACGGCAAGGAAAGCGCCGUCGGAGCGGCUGCUGCUGGUCAGAAGCAGAAGCGCGCGCAAGAACUUAAGGAGGCCAGGAAACCCCCCAAGUUGAUUAUUCGCAACUUGCCCUGGUCUAUCAAGUCAUCCGAGCAGCUGGGUGCUCUUUUCAGAGCUUAUGGAGUCGUCAAAUUCGCCGACCUGCCCCAAAACAAGGGCAAGCUUAAGGGUUUCGGGUUUGUGACCCUGCGAGGACGGAAGAAUGCUGAGAAGGCCCUGGAGAUGAACGGAAAGGUCAUUGACGGAAGACCUAUUGCGGUUGAUUGGGCCGUGGACAAGAGCGAAUGGGACCAGGUGAACGAGGCCGAGGCUGCCAAAGACGACAAGGCUGGCGAGGAACCUGAGGGCGCUGACGCCGACUUGGAAAACUUUAUGAAGAACCACAUGAUGAAUCUCGAGGACGAGGAGGAUAGCGACAAGGACGAAAGUGAGGACGAGGACGAGGACGAGGAUCUGGACCUGUCCGAAGACGAUGAGGAGGGAACCACCAGCAGCGCUCGGGACGACAAAAAACCCGUCAUGAAGACGCAAACAUCAACCGAUAACAAAUCGACACUCUUCAUCAGAAACCUUCCUUUUACCGUUACAGACGAUCAACUGAAGGAGCAUUUCGUCAAGUUCGGCCCCGUCAGGUAUGCCCGUGUUGUCAUGGACCGGGCGACUGAACGUCCCGCAGGCACUGGAUUCGUCUGCUUCGUUAACGAGGAGGAUGCGAAAGCCUGUAUCAAGGGCGCGCCCCGCCCACAGCCCAGCGCCCUCCCGACCAAGCACUCCGUGCUGCAAGACGAGGCCGCUGACAAGGAUGGUCGAUAUACUCUAGACGGUAGGCUUCUGCAAGUCGCCCAGGCCGUUAGCAAGGACGACGCUGAACGCCUGGCCGCCGAUGGCAGUGCCAAGAGACGGGAGAAGGACAAGCGACGUCUCUUCCUGCUCAACGAAGGCCAGAUCGACACCAGGUCUGCCCUGUAUCACAAGCUCACCCCCAACGAGAUUAAGAUGAGGGAAGAUAGUGCCAAGCAGCGCAAGAAGCUCGUCCAGAGCAACCCUACGUUGCACAUCAGUCUGACCCGUCUGGCCAUCCGUAACAUACCGCGCAAUAUCGGCUCCAAGGAGCUCAAGGAACUAGCCCGGAAGGCCUGCGUCGAGUUCGCCAAGGAUGUCAAGGAGGGUAAGCGUCAGCCCCUUUCCAAGGAGGAGAAGGUUAGAGACGCAAAGGAGGCCAAAGACGCCGAGCGCGAGCGCAAGCUGAAGCGCAAGGGUAUCGUCCGUCAGGCCAAGAUCGAGUACGAGAGUCGCGAGGGCACCAAGGUCCCCGAGGCGAGCGGCGGCAAGUCCCGCGGAUACGGUUUCAUCGAGUACUCGUCCCAUCGGUGGGCGCUCAUGGGCCUGCGCUUCCUCAACGGCUAUCAGCUGGAGAAUGAACUUGGCAAGAAGCAGCGUCUCAUUGUCGAGUUCGCUAUCGAGAACGCCUCGGUCGUGGCCCGUCGCAAGGCCAACGAGAAGAACCUCGAUCGCAACAGGCAGAAUGCCCAGAACGCUAAGGACGGCCAGAACACCAAGAAGGGCGGUGCCAAUGGUAAGGAACUGCCCAAGAUGGCCUCCUUGAAAGACAGAAAGGAUAGGAAGAAGGGAAAGAAGGGCAACUUGAACAAGGGUAACAAGGAGGAGCCGGAGUCAAAGUCCGAGAAAGCGGACAAGGCCGAUAGUAAGAAGCCCAAGGGCAAGGUCGAUCGCGAAGACGUGAAGCCUUUGCUGAUAGCAAGGAAGCGUCUGAUGAGAAAGAAGAAGGCCUCUUCCCGGGGUUAGGCCAGGCGGGAAGAAACAUGGUGUGUGCGAGGGAUGUAACUAUGGGCUCUCUGCAUCAUCGAGGCUAUUUAAAAGCAUUCAAGUUUCGUUCGAUAAUCAUAACAUGUUCUGUCAACAUCCAUUUUCCUUUUUCCGUGC